AUGUUUCCGUUCCAAAAAAAGCUGCAGUAAUGUAUAUUUGUCGCGCCGAAAAAUUCAUGCGAAGACUUCUAAACGAAGUUCCUACCUUUUCUGCUGAAUUAAUCACAUCCGAGGCACGUGAUUGGUAUAAACGUUGCCUCGGAAUUGUAUCUGACUUUUAUGAUCCACCACGUCGCCCUUGUUCAUGGGCUGCAUUUACGACCAAUUGUUAUUAUUAUGAAGUUCAUACCAAUAUUCUGGAAAGACCAGAUAUUGAAUAUACAAUUCAAAAAAUUUAUGAAUGUGAAUUAAUUCGCAUAACUCGAUUAGAAGCUGCCGAUAAUGCUGCAAAAGAAGCUCGAUUAAGUCCUAGCUUUUGGAACAAGGCAAUGGUAAAACGACCAAUGGAUGGUGUUUCAUUUGCAACAAGAGUUAGAUGGAUUGCUUCGAAUGGUUGGUUUUCUCUAAAUCAAUUAGCUCAAUCUUGGGUAUACGAUGAAGGUCAAGCUCCGUUAAGUCAACUUGAACCAUAUAUUAAAGAAAAAGUCAAACAAAUGGAAAGGGAAAAGCGUAAAGAAGAUAUCACGUCAAGGAUCAAGGAUCAUCCUGAGUAUCAAAUGAUAUUCAAGGAGGUUGAUGAAGAUCCUGAAUUCUUUUUACGUGCCACUUAUGAAAUUAACACUAUUUAUAAGGUGUCUAAUCUAUAUAAAGCUCAUGUUGAAGAUGUUAAACCAGGAAUUGAUCCCAAUAAAGUUGUAAGACAGGUUAUUGAUCUCAUAAGAGAUGUUAAAACCGGUGUUAUCAGCAAAAGUAGCCUGUUUGUUGCAGAUCGUGAGAGAUUUGCUGAAGAAGAAGAUGACGAUGAUGAUAACGCAGGCGGUGUAAUCAAUGUCGGUGGUGCG